GGGAAAUCGCGUAAUGGCGGACUCAGGCCGGUGGAGUGCGGCUGGGGGCGUAGCGCGCUGAGGGGGGCGUCCGGCUGUGUAGCAGCCCGCGAAGCAGUGGGCUGGAGCGUUCUCCGUGGGGACACGGACCGGCUGCCCAGCCCUUCAUGUCGCUGAGGGCGACUGCGCGAGGUCAGGUUGCUUUUCAUCAUUGAGAACCUUGCCUGAAGCAGGUCCACUAUGCCGUUAGUAACCAGGAACAUCGAGCCAAGGCACCUGUGCCGUCAGACGUUGCCUAGCGAUACAAGCGAGCUGGAAUGCAGGACCAACAUCACCCUGGCAAAUGUCAUCCGACAGCUGGGCAGCCUGAGUAAGUAUGCAGAGGACAUUUUUGGAGAGAUUUGUACUCAGGCAAGUGCCUUUGCCUCCCGAGUAAACUCCCUUGCUGAGCGGGUUGACCGAGUACAAGUUAAAGUCACUCAGCUGGAUCCUAAGGAAGAAGAAGUGUCACUACAAGGAAUCAACACUCGAAAGGCCUUCAGAAGCUCCACCACCCAAGACCAGAAGCUCUUUGACAGAAACUCUCUUCCAGUGCCUGUCUUAGAAACCUAUAACAGCUGUGACGCUCCUCCCCCUCUUAACAAUCUAAGUCCUUACAGGGAUGAUGGAAAAGAGGCGCUCAAAUUCUACACCAACCCCUCAUACUUCUUUGAUCUUUGGAAGGAGAAGAUGCUGCAGGACACCAAGGAUAUCAUGAAAGAGAAGAGAAAGCAUCGGAAAGAAAAGAAAGAUAAUCCAAAUAGAGGGAAUGUGAACCCACGUAAAAUCAAGACACGCAAGGAGGAGUGGGAGAAGAUGAAAAUGGGACAAGAAUUUGUAGAGUCCAAGGAGAAGCUGGGGCCUUCUGGGUAUUCGUCCUCCUUGGUGUACCAGAAUGGCAGCAUUGGCUCUGUUGAAAAUGUGGAUGCAGCCAGCUACCCACCACCUCCACAGUCGGACUCUGCCUCCUCACCCUCCCCUUCAUUCUCUGAAGACAACUUACCUCCCCCACCAGCAGAAUUCAGCUACCCUGUGGAAAACCAAAGAGGAUCUGUCUUGGCUGGACCCAAAAGAACCAGCAUGGUCAGCCCAAGCCACCCACCCCCAGCUCCUCCUCUGAGCUCGCCACCAGGUCCCAAGCCUGGCUUCGCUCCUCCACCUGCCCCUCCACCUCCACCUCCCAUGAGUGUGCCACCUCCACUACCAUCUAUAGGAUUCGGGUCUCCUGGGACCCCUCCACCUCCAUCACCUCCAUCUUUCCCUCCUCACCCUGAUUUUGCUGCUCCUCCCCCACCUCCCCCACCACCAGCAGCUGACUACCCAAUGCCACCACCUCCCUUGUCCCAACCAUCUGGAGGUGCUCCGCCGCCGCCUCCUCCCCCUCCCCCUCCAGGGCCCCCACCUCUCCCCUUCAGUGGUGCUGAUGGCCAGCCUGCUGCACCACCACCACCUCUUUCUGAGGCCACCAAGCCCAAGUCUUCAUUGCCUGCUGUGAGUGACGCGCGUAGUGACCUGCUUUCUGCCAUCCGCCAAGGCUUUCAGCUGCGAAGGGUUGAAGAGCAACGGGAACAAGAGAAGCGUGAUGUGGUGGGCAAUGACGUGGCCACCAUCCUGUCCCGUCGGAUUGCUGUUGAGUACAGCGACUCGGAAGAUGAUUCUUCUGAAUUUGAUGAAGAUGAUUGGUCGGAUUAACUCCACCUGCUGCCCACAUUCCUCUUUCUAGUCCUUCCACCUGCCUUCCUCCAUACAGACUGUAGCAGUCUCAUGGAGGAAGAAAGCAAGGGACAAAGCCAAAGAUCUGUGAGUGCUUCCUUCAAAUGACCAUGUACUUCUUCCCUGUUCCUGCCUGCGGGCUCCUGAGGGUCCACAGCUGAGCUGAUCCAUCUUUCCCUCAAGUGACCGUUAUCUAUUGACAGGAAGGAAAAGCCCUUAGCAGAUCCCUUUGCUUGGGUUUCAACUGGAGAUAGUGCCUUCCCCUGUUAGCCAUUUUAACCCAUGGCCUUCCUCAAAACCCUUUCAUUUAGCUACUUCAAAUACUGUUAUCCACCUCCUGUCUCACAGCAGUGGGUACAGCCUGUUGUGGGCACAGGUGGUCCCUUUUCUGUGCCCUGGCAAGUAGACUGGCACACCCCUGCCCCACACUCAGCCUUCGGCAGCAGGUAGGCUUGCUUCUGUUAGCUCUGCCUCGAUGCCUUUGUUCCAGAAGGCAUCGGUCCCCUAAAGACUGUCUCCCAGGUGAUGCCCUUCUCAAGACUGAGGGUGUGGCCUUCCUCCCAUGCUCUCUCUUGGUGAGUGUGGGGUUUGGGUGUCCUUUGGAUGCCCCUCCUCACCCCAGGUGCCUUAAGACUGCACAGCCCAGUUUUAACCUGAUAUUCAUGACCAAACUAGCCCUGACACUCAGGGACCUGGGCCUCCGCUGACUGUCAGGAGCAAAACUUGAAGAUGUGGCACCGCAGGACUGGAAGAGAAUGGAACACCUUGGGUCCUGCCCGUUCAGGAUGCUGAGGCCAAGAUGAGAAGUGACUCCCUCAAGGUCACACAGAUAGUGAUAGAACUAGAGCCCAGGCUUCCUGUUUCCAAGUCAGCUGUGUUUCCUGGGACCAAAUAAUGGGCACCUGGUGGAGUCUGGGCAGAGUAGCCUGGCUCCCUUCUACCCCAGAGCUCCCGAAUGCCGGGCUUGCAUUUCAAGGGUUCACAGCCUGUGCCGGGGCCUCUCCAGUGCAGCUUUAACUGCAGCCUCUCUGGUAACCGUUUAUUUCCCCUUUCUGUCUGCAGCCAGUCAUGUGGCAUGGGAGCUGUGCUGGGGAGGCAGAGUAGAGAGGAGCUGUGGGGCAGCCAGCCUUGGCAGGUGCCGCUUGCAGUUCACCGCAGCUCCCUCCCCCUUUUGUUUCCUCAAUUUAAGCAGAGGUUGUGCCAGCUGUAGAAACUUCAGUCCCUCAGCCUGGCAGCCGCUGCAGGUACCUGCCUGGGGGGGCCUGGCAGCCAUGGAGAAGGCUGAGAGGCAGAAGGUCACAGGGUCUUCCUGCCUCGCCACCUUGCAGUGCAUGGUGAUGCUGACCCAACCCCCCUUACCUCCCUUCCCAGAACUAAUACACGGGUGCUAUUAUUCAGGAAAAAAACUGAGCAGCUCUGGCCAACAGCAAGGUUUCUUCUCUUCUGCCCCAACUAUUGUGUGGCUCUGGUGCUGAAAUCGGCUUCUCCGGCUUCAGAGCCUGAAACACAGAGCAACAGGAUCUGUCUCUACCCAGCGCAGCAAAUGGUUGCAGUAAUUGCCAAAGCCCUCAUAAACCCUCCGGCUUGAGGAGAGUGCAAUCAUGGCUGUGCCGCCUGCACUUGCUGGGUUCCUCCCCUCUGCCUCCUUUCUUGAACUCAGAGGUAGGGGCUAAGCACCAGGUGCCAGCAGGCCCUCCUGCUGUGGCUACUCCAGAGUGCUCUGUGUCCCCGUGUGUCCAUGCCCCCACCCCCCAAUCCAGUGUCUGGCACAGGGUUUGGCAGUCAACUCCAUGCUGUGCAUGUUUCCCACCUCGUGCCUUAGAAGCUGAAGGUGCUUUCAUCAGAACCUUAAAAUGGCUGUUGAUGGUACCCUGGCUGCAGCCCAGCGGGGCUGGAAAGGCUGGGGAGGGCAGUGGUCCUUCCAAAUAGAAGUCCUGGGGCCUGGCCAGGCCAGGGUUUGGGCCUAAUGGUUUUUACUAAAUUACUCCCCUCCUGCUCUCCGAGAAAGGGGAGCCAAAGCAGCUCACUAUGGUUCUGUUCCGACCUUGAAGGGGCGGUAUUGGCCUGGCUUCUGGAAUGGACAGAGUCCACCAGGAAAGACUGGGGGCGGGAGGAGAUGGGGAGGGGCCCUGUCUGCGGAAGGUAGGAUUAGAUCAUUAGCUCAGUGACCUCCUAGGGUUUCGAUGUGCUGUGUUCUCAUCCUACAGCUGGUUUGGUAAUGAUCUGCAAGUCCCGGAGAGCAACAGCACAGCUCCGCCUGACGCUCUCAUUAAAAUCCAUGCAGCCAAGCUCUGCGCUUUGUAGCAGCCGGCCUCGCAGAGCCUCCUCAGCUUGGGGGGCUGGGGACCCAGUCAGCUGAGGGGUCCUCUAGGCUUUACUUAGGCAUAUGUGUACCC